GCUUUUGGCAAUUUUCCUAGAAACUCUGCCCAUCUGGGGGUGGUUAUUACCUGCUGGUAACAGCACUGGCUCUGCAGCCUUCACCAGUGUGCUGGAGACUCAGAUCUGCACGUUUACGCCACACCUUGAUCUCUGACCACAACCUGCAUUCCUACAUUCGUUUUGAUUUCUGACACAGGAAAUGGCAUUGCUCACACUUGGUUUACUGUAAAUCAGUUUAUGGAAUGUGGAGUAAUAUCAGUCACAUGAAAAUAGGGAAAGGAGAAUCUUCUGAGAAUGGGGAACAAUUUGGCAAUUGUGAGAGGAAGAUGGCAGUGGGCUGUUAAAGACCUUUGACGAUUUCUUUAACAUCUGAAAUCUUUCCUUCCCUAGAUAUUGCUUGUGAAAGGCCAGGGUACUUUACAAGGAAUAGAAAUCCAUUGAUAAAAAAAAAACUUUUCUAGCUUGUUAUCCUGAGCUUCUUAAAAGUAGCCUGCAGAAGCCCUGGGGUUUGCUCAUUGCUUAUUUCAGAGAUCAGAAACUCUGUCAUUGUAAUAGCAAAUGGAAUAAAACUUAACAAAACAAGACAGUGAGCUGUGUCUGACAGGACAGGUCAGGAUGCAGGCUGGUUUUCUCCAGCAUAGAUGAACAGCAGUGAAGGUUUCCUGGAGAUUUCCUAGGCCUGAAUUAAGCCCGGGGUGGCUGUUCUUGUCGUGAAACAUGACUAAAAUGGAAAAAAAAGAAAAAGAAAAAAAAAAAUUAAGAGUUUUAUUCUGCCAGAGCAGGAGUAUCUUUUGUGGUCCUUCGCACAUUGAUUUACAGCUGUGGAGUGCCACUUAUCAGAACAGUGAAUGGAAAUAUGUGAAAGUCACUUUGUUAUUACAACGGUUUUUUACUUCCUCCUGGCAGUCAGCAAUUUGGGGAACUGUUUCUCUUGGUUUUUGACCGUGCAACAGUUCUCAGUGCUGAAGGAAGCAUGACAGGGAAACUGUUUUCUAAGAACCACUCAAUGGUAGCUCAGGAAAGUUUUUAUUGCCCACAUCACACUCACCAGAUUAACUUUUACAGCUCUAUCCAAAGCUCACGUCCCCAGUUUAUGCUUUAUUUGCAAUAAGGUGACAGAAGCAAGGAGAUGAGGCUGCAGACCUGGAAGCCCUUUGCGAAACUGUGAAUGUUUCCUGCUUACGGUCUGGAAAAUGAGACAUACACUGCUGUGUGGGUACAUAUGUCUUUGCAUGCUAGUUCGGGCAAAUUCUGUAGCUAAACAGCAGACAGGCUUGUAGUGAGAUGCUGCACUACAGCAGCUGAGAGACUGAACGCGUUGCUGUGUUGUCACCUGGCUCCUUCAGGCGGGGCACCCGCUGCACAGAGCCAGUGUCAAGCGAGGCCCCCACACAACCAAGGCCUGCUGGCCGUCUCCUAUUGAUGCCAGCGUCAUUCCCGUCACCGAAAAGAGCCGGGAACAGCUGUAAAAAGCCGUUAAGGCCGGCCAGACGCCCCCAUCGCGGCGGCCCCGCGGCGGACAGCCGGCACGGCGCAUGCGGUGUGCGCACCCCAUCGCCCCGCCGGAAGCGCGUCCGGCGACGGCAAGAUGGCGGCGCUGUUGGCGAGAUUCAGCCGGGCUUCCUGCCGCUUACGCGCCGUGCGUCCGACCCUGGCCGCCGCCGCCCUGCCGCACCGCUGUCCGGCCGCCCCCCCGGAUCCUCCGCGGCCUCUCAGCUUCUCGGCGGCCGAGCUGGUGCGCGCCGCGCCGGGUCCGCUGCGGCCCUAUCUGCAUCUGAUGCGCCUGCAUCAGCCCGCCGGGACGUGGCUGCUGUACCUGCCGUGCACCUGGAGCAUCGGGCUGGCGGCUGAGCCGGGCUGCCUACCCGACUGGCACAUGCUGUCCCUGUUCGGCGCUGGGGCGGUCCUUAUGCGUGGGGCUGGCUGCACCAUCAACGACCUGUGGGACCGUGACUACGACAAACAGGUUGCAAGGACAGCAGGAAGACCCCUGGCAGCUGGAGAAAUCUCCACUUUUCAGUCCUUUGUUUUCCUUGGUGGACAGCUCAGCCUGGCUCUCUGUGUGCUUCUGUGUCUGAAUUACUACAGUAUCAUCCUGGGAGCAGCCUCCUUGUCUCUUGUGGUCACCUACCCUCUGAUGAAGAGAAUAACAUAUUGGCCCCAGUUAGUUUUGGGGCUUACGUUUAACUGGGGAGCCCUCCUUGGCUGGUCUGCCAUCCAGGGGUCCUGCAACUGGUCCGUGUGCCUGCCCUUAUACUUUGCUGGAGUCAUGUGGACCCUGGUCUAUGACACCAUAUAUGCUCACCAGGAUAAGAGGGACGACAUCGUUAUUGGUGUUAAGUCCACAGCAUUGAAAUUCAAGGAAGAUACAAAGCAAUGGCUCAGCGGCUUCAGCACAGCAAUGGUCUUGGGUUUGUGUGUGGCAGGAAUGAACUGUGACCAGACUUUCCCCUAUUACUCAGCAGUGGCUGCCAUAGGUGCUCACCUAGCACAUCAGAUUUACACUUUGGAUAUAGAUAAGCCUGAAGACUGUUGGAAGAAAUUUGCUUCAAAUCGUACUGUAGGAGUUCUGCUCUUCAUAGGCAUCGUGCUUGGAAAUCUCUGGAAAAGGAAAAAUUCUGAAACUGUAGAAGAGACUUUAGAUAGCAGGUAGUUGAAAUUAUUGUACAUAUUGAUGUUUUAAUCUGGCUAAAAUUAAUAUCUCUAAGUUGGGGAGAAGCACUUUUAACAUGAUUAUUUCUGGUUCUGUUUAUUUAUAAAAAUCUGAUGAUUUUUUUUUCUAAAAACAAACAAACAAAACCAACAAACCACAACAAAACCAAGCACAUGAGACUAUCUUACAAUGUAAGCUGUGAUUACUCUUGAACGACUUCAACCUCCCUAGUAGUGAGGCUGCUCAGUUGGUCCUAUAUUAUACAAGGGAACUCCUGGUCUGCUCUCCAGACUUUGAGCCCAGCAGUUUGUACAGAACAAGACUGAUGUCUCAGUGGCAGGACGUGGGAAAAUGCAAAGCAAUUCCAGUAUGUAAAUAAAAUCUGUCUGUACGUG